AUCUUUUUUUAAAAGACAAUUACAUAAACUUAGUUUAUGUUGUUAGUUAAAUCCCAACUGUGAGUGAUUUAAAUUUUUAGUUACUUCGGCUUAAAUCACAUUACGUGUAAAUAAUAAAUAAACCGGGGUUUUUCAUAACCUUAGUUAAGAAGUAACACCCAAACACAUGCGUUAAUACCUGGGAAAUAUAAAAAAUGAGCGAAGAACUAAGUGGAGAAUUAAAUUCUUCGGAAUUAGGAACUUAUGAUUACUGGGAAAAUAUUUACAAUGACGAAAUAAACAAUUUUCAAGAAUACGGAGACAUUGGCGAAGUUUGGUUUGGAAAAAAGAAUGCAGAAAAUUUAAUCAAAUGCAUAGAAGAAUUAAACAUUGAAAAAACUGACAAGAUAAUUGACUUAGGAUGUGGCAAUGGCUGGACACUAGUCCAAUUACUGAAGAGAGGAUUCAAGAAUCUCUAUGGAGUUGAUUAUUCUCCAAAAGCUAUCAAAUUAGCACGAGCUAUUUUGAAUGACAAUCAAAUUGAUGAAGGCAACAUAAAACUUAUCGUCGGUGAUAUUUUGAACGUGGAAGACAGUGGAAUUGAGAAUGAACGUUUCACGUUAAUUCAUGACAAGGGAACUUAUGAUGCAAUUAGUUUAAAUCCUGACAAUCAUCAAGAACAGAGGAAAAAGUAUAUCAACAAUGUGACUCGAAUUCUGAAAGAUACUGGAUUUUUUGUCAUUUCUUCGUGCAAUUGGACUAAGGAUGAACUGCAGGAGCACUUUAAAAAUGAUUUUAAGGUGGAACGGAGCUUGGAGACACCAAAAAUGAGUUUCGGAGGGAAGGUUGGACAGUCGGUAACCAAUAUGAUACUGAGAAAAAAAAAGAAUAAAUAAAAUCAAUGAUUUGAUGUAAUAUAAACAAUAUUAAAAUGAAAAAAGUAUAAUUAAUUAAUAAUACUUUUUUAAGGAUAAAUAAAAAAAAUUUACUUUAAUAAAAUAUCAAAUACAGGAAGAAUUUUUAUUGAUUUUAUUUUUUUUUCGUGCAUCAAAAGAAAGUACAAGUGAAUCUUUGAAUAUUUCACUCUAUAUGAUCGAAUAAUGUAAGAUCGGUAAACCUUAUAAAUAAAAUCAAUAUGUAAAGAAUAUUAUUAUUAAUUGACAUAAUUAAUUAGUUGAUACAAUACAUAAAAAUUACAAUUAAAUAUAAAUUGUAUACAAAAUUUAUUCGAUCUACUUUACUAAUGAAUUUUCUAUUUUCUUAUUUGUUAUGCUGAAGUGAUUAAUUGAACGAUGAAUCCAAUUGUUGUAGAAUUUUAAAAAGCAUUAAGAAUUUUUUAGAAGAUAUUGAAGAAUUUUUUACUCUUUUCACAGUCUUUCUCUUGUUUUUCAUAUUAUCAACUAUCCUUUACUUGAUUUAAUUCAUGCUAGUGGCCAACAGCAUUGUGAAGAUUAUGAGAAUAAUUGACGAAGAAUUAAAUAUCGAUUGCGAUCCUUAAUAAUAAAAAAACAAUUUAUUAAUGAAAAUGUUUAAAACAAUUGAUGAUAACAAUAAAGUACCAUUUUUUUACCAUUG